AAAGUCACCAAUCAGAAAGCUAGUCUGUCCGUGACGCAAUCUUCCCGCGACGGAGCAGAUGGUUGCAGCGUUUCCGUGUGACGGAGUGUAGGCGCCGCGGCUAUGGGCAGCCGGGAGGUGCUGGGCCAGGCUGCUCGGCUGGCCUCCUCCGGCCUCCUCUUGCAGGUGUUGUUUCGAUUAAUCACCUUUGUCUUGAAUGCAUUUAUUCUUCGCUUUCUCUCAAAGGAAAUUGUUGGUGUAGUAAAUGUAAGACUAACACUGCUUUACUCAACCACCAUCUUCCUAGCCAGAGAAGCCUUCCGUAGAGCUUGUCUGAGCAGGGGCACCCAGCAGGAUUGGAGCCAGACUCUCAAUCUUUUGUGGCUAACAAUUCCCUUGGGUGUAUUUUGGUCCUUAUUCCUGGGCUGGAUCUGGUUGCACUUACUUGAAGUGCCUGAUCCAAAUGUGGUUCCCCACUAUGGAACUGGAGUGGUGCUGUUUGGUCUGUCAGCCGUGGUGGAACUUCUAGGAGAGCCCUUCUGGGUUUUGGCACAAGCACAUAUGUUUAUCAAGCUCAAGGUAAUUGCUGAGAGCCUGUCAGUUAUCCUCAGGAGUAUCCUGACAGCUUUGCUUGUGAUAUGGUUGCCACACUGGGGGCUGCACAUUUUCUCUGUGGCCCAGAUUUUCUAUACUACAGUCUUGGUGCUCUGCUAUGUUAUUUAUUUCACAAAGUUACUGAGUUCCCCAGAAUCAAGCAAGCAACAAACUCUUCCUGUCUCCAGAAUAACAGAUCUGUUACCCAAUAUUACAAGAAGUAGAGCUUUUGUGAAUUGGCAAGAAGCUAAACUGACUUGGAGUUUUUUCAAACAAUCUUUCUUGAAACAGAUUUUGACAGAAGGUGAGCGUUAUGUGAUGACAUUUUUGAAUGUAUUAAAUUUUGGUGAUCAAGGAGUGUAUGACAUAGUCAAUAAUCUUGGAUCUCUUGUGGCCAGGUUAAUAUUCCAGCCAAUAGAGGAGAGUUUUUAUAUAUUCUUUGCUAAAGUAGUGGAGAGGGAAAAGGAUGCCAUACUUCAGAAGCAGGAGGAUGUUGCUGUGGCUGCUACAGUUUUGGAGUUCCUGCUAAAGUUGGCCCUGCUAACUGGUCUGACCAUCACUGUUUUUGGCUUUGCCUAUUCUCAGUUGGCUCUGGAUAUCUAUGGAGGGGCCAUGCUUAGCUCAGGAACAGGACCCAUUUUGCUGCGGUGCUAUUGUGUCUAUGUUCUUCUGCUUGCCAUCAAUGGAGUGACCGAGUGUUUCACAUUUGCUGCCAUGAGCAAAGAGGAAGUUGACAGAUAUAAUUUCACAAUGCUGGCACUGUCCUCUUCAUUCCUAGUGUUAUCCUAUCUCCUGACCCACUGGUGUGGCAGUGUGGGCUUCAUUUUGGCCAACUGCUUUAAUAUGGGCAUUCGGAUCACACAGAGUCUUCGUUUCAUCCAUCGCUACUAUCAAAAGAGUCCCCACAGGCCCUUGGCUGGCCUGCGUGUGUCACCCGCACUUCUUGGGGUAUUUUCCCUCAGUGCUGUGAUUACCAGCAUUUCAGAGGUGUUCCUCUGUUGUGAGCAAGGCUGGCCCGCCAGGCUGACACACAUUGUUGUGGGGGCCUUCUGUUUAGGAGUGACUCUUGGGACAGCAUUCCUCACAGAGACCAAGCUGAUCCACUUUCUCAGGACUCAGUUGGGUGUGUCCAGAGUCACUGACAAAAUGACAUGACUUCAGAGAUGCCUUGACACCUGUGGUACUUGGACCCACUCUGGGGAGGGUCUUAAGUGGAACACAUUGCUGUGCAAAAGCCCUGCUUUGGGGUCUACAGAAUGAAAGCCACCCAAGAAGUGAGAAGCCCGCAUGAAACACUGCCCUUUGACACCUUCCGCCCAAAGGAGGAUAGUGCUUUCUAAGAUGAAGACCAAAAAGCCCUUUUAAAUCAGUUUUUUUCAUCA